GCAUGAGUCAUCACAUCAACUUAUAUUCACUUCGUGGAGAUAACACUCUUCAAGACUAAAAACAUCUCUCAUUAUCAUGGGUUAUCGAAUCUGUUUCUGUUUUAUCGUUGCUCUUGUGACUCUUGAUUCACUGAAGGGGUCAUCAACAAAGAAGAAAUGUGGGUUCACACAGGUGGGUUCAGGAAAUUUCAAUGUUUUGAACCUAUGCUUAAAGAGCAUACAGCAGACGCUGAAAUCUUUGGACCAGCGACUACGUGCCCUGGAGAAACCAAAAGGUACAAAUGCAUAUUUAAAACUAUUGGGUGUAGCUAGUUCCUAGAAAAUAGAGCCUAAAGAAUUUUAAUCUAGAUCAAUUUCAAACUCGGGUUGGAAAUUUCGGUCUUCUUGCUCAGAACUGUUUCUUAUUCGCAUCACGUUAGUAAGAGUAUUUUGAAAGAGAGUAUUUUUGCUGUGGGUGUCCCCGUUCAGAGCUCAGGGUUAAAAGUUUAGAUCCAGUUAUAAUUAAAUUAGAUUAUCAGCUGGCAUAGGAGCUCAGCUGGUAAGUCACACUGAAUUUGAAAUUACAGAUUUGCGGCCUAAUGGCACCCGGUUCACCAGAGCUGCUGUAACUUUGAAUCAGGGUUAUUGCAUAGUUUUGGCCAGAUUUGGCAAAUUAUCAGAGUUAUAACAGCUCUGUGCUGAUCAAACAACCUAAAGUCGUUAAAUUGCUAACGUCUCACAAAGUACCGUCUGAACUUCAAACCGCAUAAUUCAUCUGAAAAAUUACUCAUAUUGUCGCGGCUCAAGACACGUCUAUAUAGCCUCUGAAUUGCAAGAGGGAAGAUAUACGAAGCAGGACUAAACCUUUACCUAAUUAUUUUAAACGUACAAUUGUGUAGAAGGCAGAAAGUAAACUGGAAGAUAAAUUGACUGAACUUGAAAUCUCUUUACUAUCGAAGUCAAGGCCUGCAGGUUCGACUUUGAACGCGGAAUAGGGGCCUGGGCUAAAACUGGUACAGUGUUCAAUAACCAGCCAACCUACGGUGACAACUCUGCAGCUCGGUACCAAACACCUGCCAAUCAGCAGGGGGACUGGUGGAUUGGGGGAUUCGAGAACAGACCCUCUAUAUCUUCCCCUAGAGGAAAAGUACAGGGAGACAGGCCACAAGGAACUCUUACCUCCCCAACCUUCAAAAUAAAUGGCAAGUACAUCUCAUUUUUGAUUGGCGGAGGCUGUGAUAUCAAAGUGAUUCGAGCAGAGUUGAUCAUCGGUUCGAAGAUAAGAAUGCAUGAGAUAGUUGGAACACUUUUAACUGGCCACGCUGCCUUAAUGCCAUUGAUAGGUUUUUUUAAAAAUUUCUAAGGAUAACAACUACAGAGGAUUCUAAGAUCUUUUGGGGGGAAAUUUACGAAGGUAAGGGAUUACUAAAAUCCUUAAGGAUAGGAGAAUGAAUCUACGAAAAGGAGAGAAUGUCAACAAAAAAUUGCAAUUAUCUUUGAAUCAAUUUUAGGGUAGUUUUCAGUUCUACCCUGCAUAGAUAUCGCUGGCUUGUUCAGGUUGAAACUUGUCUUGAAUAUACUGGAUAUAGAGAUAUUUCACAGUUUUAAGCCUGAUAGUUGUCCAUUUUGCUCGCGAAAUUAAUAAUCGUAGGUGACGAUACUGACUCAUUGUAGGAGAUUUAUCAUCCUUUCUCCUUCACCUUAGCUCCACCUAUCGUUUUCUAGGUGGUGAAACAAGUCACUGGCAAAUGUCAUGAGACCAUGAUUCGAAAGUUCUGGGAUGUUGGAGCUUACAUUGGCCAAAGUGCGCGCGUCAAACUGGUUGACUUCAGCUCCGGAUCAUGGGGUCAUAUUAAUUUUGAUGAUCUCAAGGGCGACAUAAGCUGCUAGUAACACUGUUUUCUCGAGCUUAGAGGAGUUCAAAUGGAAAAGGGGGAAGUUAAAGGGUAAAUUAAGGGUUGUUAAACAUCAAUGUAGUCCUUUUAAAAAUGUGGGAAAUAAAGUCAUCUAACAUGCU